AUGAAUGGUUCUUGUUCAUCAGCUCCCUCUGCCCAAAGGUUAGCAGGGAAGGUGGCCAUAGUCACCGGUGGUGCAAGUGGAUUUGGAGAAAGUACAGUAAGACUCUUCCACAAGCAUGGAGCUAAGGUUGUCAUUGCCGAUGUUCAAGAUGACCUAGGUUUGUCUAUCUUUAAAGACCUAGGCUCCCAUGAAAAUGUCACCUACGUCCACUGCGACGUCACUUCAGACUCUGACGUCAAAAACGCCGUCGACGCCGCCAUUUCCAAGUACGGCAAGCUUGACAUCAUGUUCAACAACGCCGGCAUAUCUGGAAACUUGGAUUUCACCAUUGUAACUGCUGAUAAUGAAAACUUCAAGAGGGUUUUCGAAGUUAAUGUCUAUGGUGCCUUCUUGGGAGCCAAACACGCCGCUAGGGUAAUGAUUCCGGCGAAAAAGGGGGUUAUUCUCUUCACUUCAAGCCUUGCUGCCGUGGUUUCCGGCGAGUCACCGCACUCUUACACGGCGUCGAAAUACGCCGUGGUGGGGUUGACGAAGAACUUGUGUGCUGAGCUGGGUCAGUAUGGGAUAAGAGUGAACUGCAUAUCUCCAUGUGCUGUGCCUACUCCGUUGUUGACGAAUGCUAUGGGGAUUGAGAAGAGCAAGCUGGAGGAGUUGCUGUGUGCGGCUGCGAAUUUGAAAGGGACGGUGCAGACGGCGGAGGAUGUGGCGGAGGCGGCGCUGUAUUUGGGCAGUGACGAGUCUAAGUAUGUGAGCGGGAUGAACCUGGUGGUGGACGGUGGUUAUAGCACCACCAAUCAGUCUUUCAGGGCGAUGCUUAAAAAUUUGACGUCUUGA